CUUGGCUGAGAUCAAAUUAAAUUGCCGGCUGAUUUAGAAAAUAUAUGCACUGUUAAGACCGGCUGAAACUUCAUUGAAACAAAUUACGUUAUUGUUGGUUUCGACUUUGUAUUGUAUUCAAAUGCAACAACUGGACAAUAAGUUAACGCGAUAUGAGAAAAUUGCGUUUCUCGGCGAGGGUCAGUUUGCGACAGUAUAUAAAGCGCGCGACGUGCUCACCGAGCAGAUAGUCGCAGUAAAAAAGAUUAAAAUUGGAAGUCGGGAAGAGGCUCAGGACGGUAUAAAUCGUACGGCGCUGAGGGAAAUCAAACUACUGCAUGAGCUGCAGCAUGAGAAUGUAAUAGGUUUAGUGGAUGUUUUUGGACAUAAGUCCAACGUUUCCCUAGUGUUUGACUUUAUGGAUACUGAUUUGGAAGUUAUCAUAAAGGAUCCCAAGAUUAUACUGACACAAGCCAAUAUCAAAGCUUAUAUGAUUAUGACAUUAAGCGGCUUAGAGUACCUGCACAUGAAUUGGAUACUCCACCGAGAUUUAAAGCCAAACAAUCUACUGGUGAAUACAGAAGGCAUACUUAAGAUUGGUGAUUUUGGUUUGGCCAAGUUCUUUGGCUCACCGAAUCGUAUUUACACACAUCAAGUUGUAACGAGGUGGUAUCGUGCACCUGAAUUACUCUUUGGCGCCCGCCAGUACAGCACUGGGAUAGACAUCUGGGCUGUUGGUUGUAUACUAGCAGAGCUUUUAUUACGUGUUCCCUUCUUACCGGGCGAUUCCGAUCUUAAUCAGCUCACAAAAAUUUUCCAAGCGCUCGGCACACCAACGGAAGAAACCUGGCCUGGCUUAAACAAAUUACCUGAUUAUAUGCAAUUCAAACAAUUUCCUGCCAUUCCCUUGCAACAUAUUUUUACGGCUGCGCCUGAUGACCUUAUUGUUUUGGCGGAAAAGUUGCUGGCGCUAAAUCCAUCACAGCGUUGCACCUGCUCGGAAGCAUUGAGUAUGAAAUACUUUUCGAAUAAACCAGCGCCAUCAGUGGGCCAUAAGCUGCCGAUGCCCUCUGGUAACAAGCAGGCUGCUGAAGAACGACCCAACCUAAAGCGGAAACUCAUCGAUGCUCUGGAAGGUGGCACUGUGCCGAAGAAAUUAUUUUGAUUGAAAUUGCAAGAGGAUAUAAAAUAUUCCAAAUAAAAUGAGUACGACUUAAUUUGAAAUAAGGGAAUAUACUAUUUUUUUAUACGCUUGUUAUUUGAAGUUUGUGAAC